CGAGAUGGGAAUGAACUUUCUUAAAGAGUCGUUUCAAAUGAUUCGGUUCUUUCGCGAAUCGACCAUCAGUUUUUUGUCCACGAUCCAGAAAACGCUUAGCUAUUGACUUAAUUUUUGGGCAGUUUUUGAGAAUCAGAUGGUUUAAAGAUGACACCGACGCGAGUGCUUUUAUUCACCUUUCUGGCCUUGAUGCUGAUUCAUGGCUUAAUUUCAGUAAUUGUGACAACCAGCAACCCCAAAAUGAAGGUUUAUGAAAAUACUAAUGCUGUUCUGUCCUGUAAGUUCCAGACGGAAAAAGAGACCAACCCAAGGAUUGAAUGGAAAAAGAAAGGCCACAAUGUGUCUUAUGUUUAUUUUGAUGGUGAAUUUACAGGCUUGUUUAGAGGCAGAGCAUCGAUCGAUGGAGCGACAGUGACCCUGCAUGGUGUUAAUCAGAAAGACUCCGGGAUCUAUCACUGUGAAGUUACUGCACGCCAAGACCAGAUCCGCCUUGGGGAGGUCACAGUUUCCCUCAAUGUGCUUGUUCCUCUUCAUGCUCCGUCAUGCCACGUGCCUGAGAUUGCAGUACGCGGCUCUGAGGUUGAACUGCACUGUGAGGACAAGCUGACUGUCCCCCCUGUCACUUACAGCUGGUACAAGGACAACAGGCUCCUGAGCAAAGCCCAUGUCCCAGACAUUAACUACAGUGUAGACAACAAAACAGGCACCCUGAAAUUUAAAAGCUUGUCAAAAUCUGAUGCAGGACAAUACCGCUGUGAGGCCUUUAACAAUAUUGGGCCACCAAAGAGCUGCAUGGGUCAACAUAUGAACAUUACUGAGUUCGAACUGAAUAUGACAUUAGUGAUAGCAGUUGGAGUAUGUGCAGCUCUCUUAUUGCUCUCUUCCUCUCUGGCUGUAUGUCUAUGCUGCCAGCGAGGCUACUGUUGCUGCUACUUUAAGGAAAGGAAAAGAGGAAAAUAUAAAAGGAACGCUGUGAACUACAGCCCUCCAGCAGAUCCUAAACACUACAAGCACACAGAAUCCUUUGUGAUUUAAAUGGUUCUCCAAGACGUACAUAGUGGAAGCUGGUGCAUGCUUAUAAAUGGACAGCCAAUUUAUUAGGUUUACAGAUAAAGAAACUGAUGAACUACCAGCUGUCCUGAUUCACGGAUCAACCUUCUUAAACUCACCGUACACUUUGUUGCUGUCUGAUCUAACUGGAACAAUCUAUGUGCACCAUCUAUGACCUGGAACUGAGAUUCCCUAAAUUCCCAAAUAUCUCCAGCUUUUGGACAUCGACAAUACAUGGAAUUUUCCCUUAUAAAUGUGCACAGACAAUCUGCAAUCUGCCAGUUAGUGGUUAGUUUUUAUCACUUCAGGCCAAGGAGGC